AUGAUUGGCUUGCAACCUUGUAUGAAAUUCGAGAGAAGUGGAUACCGGUAUACCACCGUGGUACAUUUUUUUGCUGGAAUGAAUACAACAGGCCGUAGUGAAGGAGAUAAUGCAUUCUUUAAGGAGUUUCUAUCACCCAAAACCAACUUAAGGGAGUUUGUGAUUAGGUAUGAUCAGGCAUUGACAAAGGUUACUGAGACUGAAAUUGCAGAAUAUUAUGUAUCCGAGCACAAGAAUCGUCUUAUAAACGAGAACAACCUAAUUUUGAAGCAUGCAACAUCCAUCUACACACGUAAUAUCUUUGAAAAGUUUCGUGAAAAAUUAGUUGAUUCACUUCGUUUUAGAUCCCAAGAGAUAGAAGCUGAUGGAGUUUUCAAGAUAUAUUCAGUCAGAGAUAAAGAAGGGCCUGCUUAUUUUACCAUGAAGCUGAAGCCAGACACAAAUGAAGCGUACUGCACAUGUAAACAUUUUGAGUUUAUGGGAUUACCUUGCAAACAUGUUCUGCGAAUUUUCAAUAGGCUUGAAAUCGAAGAGAUCCCGCCACAUUUCAUCUUAAAACGUUGGCUGAAAGGCGCCAACUUGUUUAGAACAAUUGAUGGCACAACUACAUGGGAUAAAUAUGGGUGCGCUGAUGCACUUAGGCUCACUCACUUAUUGAGGAUAUCAACACAAGUGUGGUCUAAUGCUUCGAAAUGUGAUAAUCUUUUUAAGAUAGCACUUGCAGACAUCAAAACGAUAUCUACCCAGCUGGCUCAAGAGCAACAGAAACAAAAUGGAAGCGAGGAUAACAAUGAUAAAACAGUGGAAACUUCAAAUAAUGUCGAGGAAACAGUUCAACUCACAAACCAAGGGAAACUUCUAAAUCCUAUAACUUCACAAACCAAGGGAAGACCGAUUGGGAAUGCGAAUAAAACUGGUCGAAUAAUGAGCGGGAUUGAAAUACCGCCCCAAAAAAAAAGAAAAUGUAGCAACUGUCAUAUUUCAGGUCAUGACAAAAGAAAAUGCCCGCAAUUGUUUUGA